AUGGAUAUACAGGAGUUGCCUGUCACCUGCUGUACGUAUCUGGCUGACUGCCCUGCUGACCUCACCCCCUCUCUCUGCUCAGCUGAGGCCAGGGGAGGGGGUCACAGAAAGCAGGGUUUCUCUGGGAAGAAGUGGCCAAUCACUGGGGAGGAGUGGGGCAGCCCCCUCUACCCUGAAAUGAUCUUGAAUGGACUGCAAAGGUAUAGCCUAUUCCAGUUCACCCAAGUCCAUCCUAGCCUUCCCCAGUGCAUCCCAGCCUCCCCCAGUGCAUCCCAGCCUCUCCUACUGCAUCCUAGCCACUCCCAGUCCAUCCCAGCCAUCCCCAAUGCAUCCCAGCCUCUCCCAGUGCAUUCCAAACUUUUCCAGUCCAUCCCAGGCUCUCCCAGUGCAUCUCAGCCUCUCCCAGCGCAUCCCAGCCUUUCCCAGUCCGUCCCAGCCUUCCCUAGUGCAUCCCAGCCUCUCUCAGUGCAUCCCAGCCUCUCCCAGUGCAUCCCAGCCUCUUCCAGUGCAUCCCAGCCUCUAAAAGUACAUCUCAGCCUUCUAAAGUCCAUCGCAGCCUCUCCCAGUGCAUCCCAGCCUCUCCCAGUCCAUCCCAGCAUUACCAAAUGUAUCCCAGCCUCUCCUAGUGCAUCCCAGCUUCCUCCAUUGCUUUCCAGCCUCUCCCAGUGCAUCCCAGCCUCUUCCAGUGCAUCCCAGCCUCCCUCAUUGUAUCCCAGCCUCUCCCAGUCCAUCUCAGCCUCUCUCAGUGCAUCUCAGCCUCUCCAAGUGCAUACCAGCCUCCCUCAGUGUCCAGCCUCUCCCAGUGCAUCCCAGUCUUUCUCAGUGCAUCCCAGCCUCUUCCAGUGCAUCCCACCCUCUCCCAGUGCAUCCCAGUCUCCCCCCAUUCCAGCCUCCUCCAGUGCAUCCCAGUCUCUCUCAGUGCGUCCCAGCCUCUCCCAGUGCAUCCCAGCCUCUCUCAGUGCAUCACAGCCUCUCUCAGUGCAUCCCAGCCUCUUUCAGUGCAUCACAGCCUCUCUCAGUGCAUCCCAGCCUCUACCAGUGCAUCCCAGCCUUUCCCAGUGCAUUUCAGCCUCUCUCAGUACAUCACAGCUCCUCUCAGUGCAUCCCAGUCUCUCCCAGUGCAUCCCAGCCUUUCCCAUUAUAUCUAAAACAAUUAUUCCCUGUAAAAACACUGUAAAUUAUUAUUUUACAGGGAAGCUUGAAGGGGUAACUAAAGUAAAUUAA